GAACAGCUGCCAUCACUAUCAUUGUUUGAUCCCUCUUCAAUUUGUUUAAAAUUUUUAGAAAUUAUGUCUUACAACCGUAAGUCUCGUCCAGCUUCUAAGCAACAAAAUACCGUGCCGCGUCGCAUACUGCAGCCGAACUUGACGGCGGCAACUGCUCCAAAGGUUGACGUAAGGGCAAACAAUGGCUCCGAGCCGGAGAAUUCUCCUUUAGGCGCCAAAAGCAAAGGACCUGUAAGGACGCCGAAACUCUUGCCAUUAAUACCAGUUGAAGCACCAAUGAUGAUGCCAACAACAAGCCGGCUAGCAGCUCCUCAAUAUAACACAACCAUUCGCAGACAGGAAGAGAUUAAUACAUUGAACCAAAUGAGAACAGUAGUGACCGAAGCAAACAUCACACCCCGCUCCAAGGAACUAAUUGCUCCAAAGAUCACACAAAAGUUAAACUUUCCACCGGAUCGCACUGUAUUUACGGAUUUGCCGGCAUUGAAUGUAAAUGACUCGAUAUUGGUGCCGCAGAAGGUUAAGCGAAAUACGAAAGCUCAGGGUAAAAAACCAAUGGAACCUCAAUUGGCGGAUUAUUUGGAACCUAUAGAACCCAUAAUAAUGCCGCUGCCAGAACCGGAGCUUAAUUUGGACUUUCCAGAUGAGCCAUUUGAUUAUUUUCAGUUGUAUAAGGAUGCGUUUCAUCCAAAGAAGUAAUAUAUAUUAUUCAGUUAAUUUAAAUACAUUAUGUCGAAUUUAGCCAAUGAAA